UGCUACUAAAAUGCCACCUGGUGAAAAGUAAGGCCAAAUUUCUUUCCUGAUCCCACGUUCGGAAGCAAGUGGAUUAAUAAUUCUUAUUACCUGCAUUAGGCCUUUUCCCCCUGCCCACCAUCAGUAGAAGAACCUUAAGCUGUACCUGAUAAUCAAUGCUUCCAUCAGGAAAUCCAUCUCAUCCUGCUCUGAGCAGACUUCUGGCAGGGUCUGUUGAGAGGUAAAGACAGUGAGGACCACCCCACCAAGGAAUUGAGAACAUUUGGGUGAGCACCAAAGGAAGAAGAAAAAAAAGGCAAGAAAAGAACAGGCAGGUAACUUGUGAAUGGCUUCAGGAACGUAUGAGGAAGGCCUCAUUUUGUCAGUGCCCAGUAUAUUGGACUGUAUGGGGUAGGACUGUAUUGGACUGUAUGGGGUAGUUAAAGUUAGAACAUGAAACUGGUGACCUACUUGGAGAUUUUUUGUAUGCAUUUAACUAUACGCAGUGUCCUCAGGACAUUGUUCUGACAAAGGGGGGCUUUUUGUAAUACCUUGAAAUGGUCAUAUUAUUUGUCUGUUUGGUUUAACUGUAUAAUUAUGGUGAGUCUUUUUCAUAGGAAAGUUUUUAGUUAUUAGCAAAACCUGUUCUUGUAGGGCUUGAAAUGUCUUUUUGCUAUUGUGAAUUCUGUAAGAGGAUGUACCAUGGUAUCUUUGCGAUCUCACUCAUACAAAAUCUAACUUGUAUUAUCUUUCCUUGUUGACAGAAAGGCAGAUUUUCACUUUAAAGAUCACAUCAUCCUCCUUCCUGUGAAAAUAAUAUGAACCAGAAGGUGCUGGUUUUCCUUCUCCCAAAUUUUAUUUUUGGGAUAUUUCUUUUGGGUUUUUUCUAUAAGAGACAAAAAACCCUAACAGGUGCUUUUCCUGAUCCCGCUGAAGAUUGGCCGGAGAUUCAAAAUGGUCGCAAAAGCACACUGGCUUCUGUCUGCCUGAAGAACAAUCUUCUGAAAUUAAGACAGCAAUUGGAUUCUCAUGUUGCAAACCAGCUCUUUGUGGAGCACAAACAUAAAUUUAUCUACUGUGAGGUACCCAAGGUAGGCUGCUCCAAUUGGAAGAGAAUUAUUUUUCUCCUCCAAGCAGGCUUGAAUGCGGAAGCUUCUGAAAUUGAGCAUGACAACAUCCACCAAACCUCAGUGAUCAAAAAGCUGGUGACUUAUCCUCCUGCCACACAAAAGGAAUUUCUGAACAAUUAUACGAAAGUGAUGUUCACCAGACAUCCCUUGGAAAGGCUGGUUUCAGCUUACAGAGACAAACUUCUGCACUCUGAGCCAUUCUACAGUGUCACUGUUGCUAAUGAGAUUAGGGCAAUGUUCAGGAAAAACAAAAAUUCUUCUGAAAAAGUGAGUUUCCAGGAAUUUGUCAACUUCAUUACAGCAAAACCACCAAAUAAGCUUGACAUUCACUGGAAACCAAUGUUUCUGCUCUGUGAUCCUUGCAACAUUCAAUACAAUAUUCUGGGUAGGUAUGAAACUCUUGGGUUAGAUUCUGAGCAUGUUCUGAAGGUCAUUGGAGCACCAGAGAGCCUGCACUACCCCAGUUUGAAGAGGUAUGGCUCAGAGAAACGAACUAAUGGUGAUAUCACCUUGGAGUAUCUCAGACAAUUGAACUCAGAACAAAUUGAGAAGAUAAAAAAGUUGUAUCAAAUGGAUUUUUUCUUGUUCAACUAUAGUAUGAAAUACGAGGACUAUUUGCCCCUGGAUGACUAAUCUAGGAUAAACAAAGAACAGUUUCCUUUGUACAAAAUGGGCUGAACUUGUCCUCACAGGUGCUUGAUAGGUGCUUUGGUAACAGCUGCUGAGAUUUUACUGGUGUUCAGAAACAUGGUUUAUCAUCCUAAGCACUCUUACAACAAAUCCCUGCCAUGAUCUGUUGCACCAUACAGUACUUCACCUACACGAAAUGAUUUUCUUCCUGUUGAUCAUUAAUGGCAUAUGUUUGUUUCAUGAAGAUUGUUUAUAAAUGAUAGAUUUUGGUAUGAUGGUAAGGGAUAGGGGAAUGAUGAAGAAUGUUGUUUUUCACAAUGAAUAUUUUUAGAAUACCAUUAUUUAAGAUAAAUGAUUUUAAUUUUUUAUUAGAAAAAGACAUACGAAGCAAUAAAUAAUCUGCUUGAGAGUCAAACCACUCUCUAUCGGCAAGACCCUCAAUUGUGAAUCCUGUAGGAAAGAAGCAAAUAAAUUCAGCUGCUUGAAGCUGCACCACACAGAACUUAAUGCCUGAUUAUAUUCCUCUCUGGCAGUGCUCCCACCACAGCCCACCAGCCUCAUCCUUCAAGCUGUAUAGUUGGCAGCAAUCCAGUCAGGGUUUCCCUUAUAUCUCUCCAAAAUCUUCUGAGGAGCAGGUCUGGUGUUCACGGUGACUUUGCAAACUCUUUGUGAGCAUUAUGGUCUGAUUUAAGAGGGAAGGUCUGAAAAAUGUAUCUUUUAUUUUUUUAGAGAAGUAUUUAGAGGUAUGUUCUAAACUGUACAACUGGGGUGGUGCAGGAUCUAAAAUCUCAGUGGAAAGGUGACUCAUUUAUUCUCCAAAAUCACUCACCACCCAGUCAACUGACCGGGCAGUCAGCAGAGGGGGAAUAAUGUGUGGGCUUUCCCCAUAUGUGCCUGCUGGAGCCCAUGAGCCCUUGGGACUUACCUGAGCAUGGCACUUAGGUGGAGCUGGGUAACUCAGUAAUAUAUUUGUUCUACCUGUUUCUUUCUCACCUCACAGGAAAUUGAGUGCAAAUAAAUUGUAGAAUUAUGGUGAAGGGAGCAAUGACGCAUGUGGGAGAAGCAACUCAAACCAUUAUCUACUUCUUAUAUUCCUACAUGGCUUUGGUUUUAGAUCACUAUGGGGUCUAUAUACUAUAUUAAGUACAAGACUUGCCCCAUAUUUUUUUUUCAAUCUAUUGCCUAGUCACAUUGAAAAUUAAUUUGUGACCAUAUUAACUGUAGCAAGUUUUAGAAACUAAUUGUAUUAGCACUACCUUUAGGGGAUGUCAUUCUCUCAGGAGCUAACUUGAAAGUCUCUCAAAUGCACUUAGCUCAGCUUAUCAGCUAUACCUGCAAAUGUACAAAGGCUGGCAGGCUAGUCGUGGGUCCAAAUUGGGCUUGCAGCUUGUCAUUACAUAGAAAAGGACAGGGACAAAAUAACACACUGCAGCCACCAAUCUGUAUAGCUGUUGCUGCCCGCUGCACGGCCAAGGGAGAGGGGAAAGCAGGGACUGGGAAAAUUAUAUGUAUUGGGAUUUACGUCAUGAGGGUUGUGAAGAGAGGUCCCAGGGCAGGGAGUGGGGUGCAGGGUGGUCUACCCCAGAGGGAAGAUGCAGUGAUACAUUGGACAUCGGCUAGAGACGCUGAUGAGACCAUGGUGACGCGACAGGAGGAGGCAGAGGAAGAAGCUUUCGGAGUCGCUCCUUGAUGGCAGAUGGUACACAAAGUCAGGACUAAUGUUCAGUACAUCUGGCAGCUCUUGUAUGGGUGACUAUUCUAUAAAUGGAGCAGCUUUAGCACAGGGGGACAUCCAAAGUGAGAAGACCAAGCAAGAAGAGCAAAACAUUUGGUUUGGUUUUUUUUUUUUUUUUUUUCAAAUAUCUUGUGAUUUUAUGCAGAGUGGUUCAUGGUUCUGGAUCUUACUCUCACCACCACCAUCUUUGGUGUCCCCACAGUGCUACUAUGCCCGGACACUGGACUGCUCAUGCUACCCCAGCAACCACGUAAUUCACACCGAUUUUUUUUUAAACUUUUAUUGUGCUAAAGCAGAGGAAGCUGAAAAUUACUCCUAUCAAAAUUAAGGCUAUGCAGAGGGAUGCAGUCUCCCUCUCUCUCUUUUUCCUGAAUUAGAGCCAUCUCCAGCCACGUGCUUCUACUUUCUUUGCCAGCCCAUGCAGAGGAAGAUAGGAAUAAGAUUUGCUUCAUAAUUUGCUUCUAUAUGAUAGAUCCCUCCAGAAAUAUAAGCUUCAGCAAAGAUACUUUUAUUUUCUGGCACCAUCAGCAAGCCUAGGCGAACUCUGAAGCAAUGAUACUGACAGAGUUGGAUAGGCGUCUCUGCUAUCAGCACUCUAGUGCUAACUCUCCUCUCUGGUUUCUUGCUGUUAGCGAUGAGUGGCUUUUUAUUCUUAUUUCCUCUUUCACACAAGAUCACAUAGUCAUCCUACAGUGGUGUCAGAGAACGGAUGGCUAAUUCAUUCAUCACAAGUACUAGUCAGUAACAGAAGGCUAUCUAUCGAUGCAGAAAAAUCUCUAACUAUUCAUGAUGACUUUCAGAUUUUAUGUUUGCCUAUAGGAAAUCGUAAGUAGCACAUUGCCUGGAAACACUGGCUGCAGUAAUGCCGUUUAUCUGGGGUGGGUCUCGACACAAAAAACUGCGGAGGACACGGGUGUGCAUGUGUGCACACGUAACGACGGUUUUAGGAAGCAGUGUCCUACAAGUAUGGUAUAAAUUGUGCGUUACCAGUGCUAACAAAAUUAGAAUAAUGGGUUGAAAUCUGUUGGAAAAAUAGGAAGAACAGACAUUGCUUUAUAAAGGAUCUUGUAGCAUUCCCCUGCGGGCAUUUUUUAAUGCUCCGCCUGAUUUACUGCAUUUCCAUUUCUGUGAGCUUGAGAAUACUCCCUAACAUCCCCUCCACGCACCCAAGAGCUGCUGUGCAGUGGCCCAGGAAUACAUAAGAGCUCUGCAAUACGUUUCAAAAUUAAUGAAAGCAAUGGUGACUUGCUCUAUGCUGUAAAAAGCUUUCACAGCUUGCAAAGGUGAGCAUGGAAGUUUGGGCUGAGCUCAAAAACUUAGUCUGCAGGAGAAAAUUGCAACAUCUUUAGUACUUGCAUCGAAUUGGUGUAUUUUUUAGCGCUAGCUGUCAGACGGCAAUGCUUGCAGAAAAUUCUGCUCUCUAGUAUUUCCUAACAUGUGAGUGACUGCCCAUUGCCCAGAGCAGGGUGGGGGCUGUACCACCACCUUGUUUAUUCCCCAGCUGAACUCUGAAGUUCAUUCCACUAGACAGCAUUGUGAAUUCACCAAUAAUACGGCUGUUAUAGCAUUCUUGAUAUUGUAAUGUAAUAAAAGUUGAUGAACGCUCUGGACCUUGUCCUAGUCAGCCCACAAGAACUGUAAAACACCUGUAAACUUCAUGAUGAAAAUAAUAUUACUGUCUUUUUUAUGGCCUUGGAGAGAGAUUUCCUGUACUGUCUUCCCUGCAAGUGUACUGUACAGAACAAAGGCUCUAAGCUGAGCUGGCCUUCCAUUUGCUUUUGCCUAGAGAAAAACUUUCAGUGGAGCUUCUUUCUUUUGGGUGCUAGCUCCAGGUAAUGUUUUCCUGGGAGUAAAGUGGGUGCUUGCAGUUGGAAGCUGGGGCAGAGGCGGCAUGGUAUGGUGUGGCUUUGGACUCGGGCCCUAGGGUGGAUUAGAAGAGGUAGGCAUUGCCAUGAUUAAUCUUCUGAUUUGUUAUUAUAUGCCUGUGACGUUACCGUUGCUAUGUUUUAUUUCUGAUUGCCAUAAUAAACUGUAGUGAG